UCAAAGGUUAAACGCAUCAAAAGAGUUAAUCCUAUGUAUUGCUGAGCUUUGUAAGAUUAUGGAUGCAUGCGUUCUGCACGAGAUAAUGCACAAUCGCACUACGUUCAACUUUCUGGUGCGCGCAAUGGGUAACUGUACAUGUAUGGAGUAUAUGCGGGGGGAAUGUGCAGCGAUGGAAAUGCAGGAAAAAGCUGAAAAUCCUCAUGCUAACGGUUUCAAUGUUCAUUGGAUUUUAUUCCUGAUCGUGACGAUGGUCAUGAUGAUUCUGAUUAUCUUUAUCUUGGGCAUCUGGCAAAAGAUCCAAGAGAAGUUAGCUGCGAGACCUCGAGUUGUCUACAACAAGGAGUUACAGCGCAUUCAAAUGACGAAUCUCCCAACUAACGAUGUCGAUGAUUUUGAUGACGACGACGACGACAGUAAUAUUUACAAUCCUCCAUCCGGUUACGAGAACCCGGUGUAUCUGGCUUCCGUUUCCCGUCUUCCUCAUUCUAAUUCUGGUGUGCCCCAUUCUAUUUCCGGUAUUUCACUUUCCACUUCCGGUUAUGUGAAUUCCGGAAGUAAGCCGGGCUACACUCCCGUCAACGGGAAGUCAUCACAGGAUGUCGCAACUGAUAAUAGCAACGAGUCUCAUCAAUUCGUCAACCCCGUAUACUUUAGCCCAGAAAUUUAAAGUGAUCUCAUACUAGUAAAUGCUAGGAUCUACCCUUGCUGAUGAAGUGAAGCCAUUCAGCCGUAGAGGGUCAAAUAUUUACACACCCCACCCAUGACGGUGUCACUACAUUUGCCACCCCUGAGCGUCAAAUAUUGUUAUGAGGGAAAUAGUCCCCUUUGUGAGAAAUAAUAGCUUAA